AAUUUGGGGAGAGAGAGAGAGAGAGGGCUACGCAAGCGCGCGCGCUCGAAAUUGGAUUUUCAGGUCUUUUUGAAUUUUUUAGGGUUUUGGCUCCAAUUUUUUUUCGGUUCUAAGGUUUAGUAUUUGUUCCCUCGAAUUCCAAUUUUUCUGUCAAUCACAAUUUUCCAAUCUCCCUCUCUCUCUCUCUGAGGUUUUUUUACCAAUUCAAUCUUAGAUUCGAAUUUUAGGGUUUUCAAUUGAUGAAUUCGAAUUCGUGAUUGUUUUGUGAGAUUUUUUUCGAAAACCAACGAUGGUGAGAACCCAAGUGAAAGGCGAACCAAGUACUAGCAAAAGAAGGAACAUAGCAGAGAAUGAUGUUGAAGCAAGUUCGAACGAUUCUGAACCUGAACUUGUCGCCGAACGCAGAGUUCUUCGAUCUCGAUAUCUCGCUGUUCAGACCCUAAUUUCUGAUGAGAGAGAUGAUUUAUCAAGGUUUGAUUCGGACAAGUUCAAUUCGAUCAUCAAUGAAGUGGAAAGCUUGCAUCAAUUAGUACAGAAACCUAGAGAACAAGUUGCAGAUGCUGAAGCUCUGUUGAACAUCACGAACACGUUGGUUACAUCUGUUAAAGCACACAGUAAAGAGGGAAUUACCCCUUCAGACUUUGUAAACUGUCUGCUCAGAGAUUUUGGACGACAAGGUGGGGCAAGUACCAGCACAGAGGAUGGUAGGAACUCUAUAGCUUGGAAGGAUGUUGGUCUAGCAGUUUCUCAUGUUUUCAUGAAGGCUCCUGGAUGUUGCACCAUGCUUGGACCUAUGAAUAACGAACUAAAGCAACGGAAGGUUGUUGUUCAUAAAAAACGUGUGAGGCCAACAGAAAGUUCCCGGCCUGAAGAGCUUGAGGAUACUGGUACCGAAGAGAAAACAGACACCGAUAAGAAUAUGGCAACUAUGUUUAAAAUUUUAGGGAAAAAUAGAAGGGUCAGGCUUGAAAGUUUAGUGUUGAACAGAAACUCCUUUGCACAAACAGUCGAAAAUGUAUUUGCUCUAUCCUUUCUAGUCAAAGAUGGGCGGGCUGAAAUAACUGUGAAUGGUAAAGGCUGGCAUAUAGUUUCACCAAGGAAUGCUCCUGCUGCUAAUGAAGUUGUCUCGGGGAAGGUUUCUUACGGCCACUUUGUUUUCAGAUUUGACUUCAGAGAUUGGAAGUUGAUGAUGGAUUCCAUUGGGGUUGGGGAAGAGCUGAUGCCACACAGAAAUCCGGAGAACACGAUAUAUGAUUCUCGAAGAGAUCCAAUACUUGAAAGAACUCAAACAACAGGACCGACAACUCCAAUUAAAAAAUUGUCUCGGAACCGUGGCCUGGUUCUGCAGGAGCAGUCAGUUGUGGAAGAGUCCCCUGAAAGCGAUGACUCCGGAGCAAGAGCGGCUGCGAUUCGGAAGGGCAAACGUAAACUUAGAUGAUGUGAGUACAGAUGAUGCAAGGCUUUUUUGGGUUCCAAACUUGUGUAUUGCGCAUUUAGGAUGUGCUGAUUAAGUGUGAUUGUAUUUUGCUCUGUAUGUUGAUGAAGAUAUGCCACUAGUUUCUGCUAGUUUUUAGGUUGGUUUCCAGUAUAUAAAUUUGCAAAUUCUAAUUGGUACCGCUAUCUUCUUUCUCCAGGUUUCUAUAUGGGGUUUUCUUAAUUUUUAUAUCCUUCUCAAUAUUUGUACAGAUUGUACUGUUUUGUCAGUAUUUAUACCUUUCUUCCUAA